AUGUCUGACUCAAAAGCUAUGGGAACUCCAAUGAGUCCUACUUGCUCUCUUGAUAAGGAUGAACAAGGAAAACCUGUUGAUGAAACUAAGUAUCGCGGUAUGAUUGGAUCAUUGCUUUAUUUAACUGCUAGUCGACCAGAUAUUAUGUUUAGUGUGUGCGGUGUGCUAGAUUCCAAAAUUUGCUCCAAAGGAAUCUCAUCUUCUUUAGUUAAACGUAUCAUUAGAUAUCUUCAUGGAACAACUAACUAUGGUUUAUGGUAUCCUAACACCACUGAUUUUACGCUUGAAGGUUUUUCAGAUGCAGAUUUUGCAGGUGAUAAAGAUGAUAGAAAAAGUACCAGUGGUACUUGCCAGCUUCUAGGAAAAUCUCUUAUUUCCUGGAAUAGCAAAAAACAGGGAUCAGUCUCUUUAUCUACUACUGAGGCUGAAUAUAUAGCUGGAGAUUUUGAAAUUGUUUUUGUUAACACUGAAAACCAGCUGGCUGAUAUUUUUACUAAACCCCUUCUUGAGGAACGUUUCUGCAUGCUAAGAAGCUCUUUGGGAAUUAUUGAUAAAUCUGUCUAA